GAAAGUUCUUAGGAGUAAAACCCUAAUUACGAGCGAGAAGAAAAAGGGUUUGGUUUCAUCUGCUUCUUAUAAAUCGUUUUAGUUUUAUUUUUUAAUCACUCGAUCAUGGAUUAUUCCGAUGAUGACGUGCUGGAAAGCGAAUCAGUGGAGGAUCAUUUGUUCAGUGAAGAAGAUGCCGAUCUGGAUUAUGGAUUCGCCGAGGUAACAUCCAAACGAUCUCAGAUAAGUCCUUACGUAGUUCUCAAGGAAGAAGAAAUUCGCAAGCAUCAAAGAGACGAUAUCGAACAAGUUUCUACGGUUCUCUCGAUAAGCCAAGUGGAAGCGAUCGUUCUGCUUCUUCACUAUCGAUGGAGUGUUAGUAAAGUGCAAGAUGAAUGGUUUACGGACGAAGAGAGAGUCCGUAAAAGCGUUGGUAUAUUGAAGGAGCCUGUCGCUGAUCUUGAUGGUAAAGAAGUGAAUAAUAUUGAAUGUGGAAUUUGCUAUGAAUCCUAUCUUCUGAAGGAAAUCGCAACGAUUUCUUGUGGUCAUCCUUAUUGCAAUACCUGCUGGACCGGUUACAUCGCUUCCAAAAUCAACGAUGGUCCGGGAUGUUUAUUGGUUAAAUGUCCUGAGCCUUCUUGUUCUGCUGUGGUUGGUCAAGAUAUGAUCGACAAGGUUAUAACUAAGGAAGAAGACAAGGAGAAGUAUCACAGAUAUUUUCUGAGGUCUUAUGUUGAAGCGAGUGGAAAAAAGAUAAAGUGGUGUCCAUCACCGGGAUGCGAAUACGCUAUUGAUUUUGGAAGUGGAAGUGAAGGAGGUGAAAACUAUGAUGUUUCUUGCUUGUGUUCUUAUGAGUUUUGCUGGAAUUGCAGUGAAGAUGCUCACCGUCCCGUGGACUGCGACACGGUGUUAAAAUGGAUAUUCAAGAACAGUGAUGAAUCGGAGAACACGAAAUGGAUACUUGCGAAUACAAAGCCUUGUCCUAAAUGCCACCGUCAGAUCGAGAAGAACCAGGGAUGUAACCACAUGAAUUGCUCGAUGUGUAAAACUCAGUUUUGUUGGCUUUGCCUUCGUGAAUAUAAGGUUAACGAGUACCUUCACGGAAGCUGCCACCAGUAUAAGGGUGGUGAUGUGGCUGAUGAGGAUAUGAGAAUCAUGGCGAAAAAUGCGAUAGAGAGAUACACGCAUUAUUAUGAAAGAUGGGCAAGCAAUCAAUCGUCGAGGCUUAAGGCUAUGGAGGAUUUGAAGAAAUUGCAAUCGGUGCAGCUUAAGGAGCUCAGUGACAAACAGUGCACAUCAGAAACUCAGCUCCAAUUCACUGUAGAGGCGUGGCUUCAGAUCAUCGAAUGUAGGAGGGCGUUGAAAUGGACAUAUGCAUAUGGUUACUACCUUCCUCAGCAAGAAACUGCUAAGAAACAACUUUUCGAGUAUUUACAAGGGGAGGCUGAAGCUGGCUUGGAGAGGCUUCAUCAUUGUGCAGAGAUGGAGUUGAAACCGUUUGUCAACGAAGCUAAAGAUCCAUCUGAAUUCAAUGACUUCCGCAAGAAAAUAAUUGGUUUGACUAAAGUUACCAAAACCUACUUCGAAAAUCUGGUGAAAGCUUUGGAGAAUGGUCUUGCUGAUGUGGAAAACAAUGAGAGCAAAUCAACAACAGACUCUGAAUCUCCUACCAAAAGACAAAAGUUGGCAACAAGUGGCUAAGGAAGAUUCAAGUGGUAAACUGAGAGAUCUCUCAGCUUUUUUUUAUAUAUAUGUUUUUGUUGCAAAGGACCGUAGGGGUUUUGACAAUUUUUAC